AUUGGAGAAAACGAUCCAAGGGAUUUUGAACAUGGUAUGAGUCACGAGACGGACGAAGAAUAUGACGAUAAUAUGACUUUUACAGGAACAGGAAAUCCACCAAAUGGAAGUGAAGUCGUACAACUUAUUCAGAAUAUGCUCCAAUCAUUUCUUCAAGCUGGAGGACAUAAUAAUGUUCGAGUACUGCAGACGGAAACCAAUCAAGAAGGUCAACAACGUCCGAACUUUAUCUUAGCGAUGGGUGGUGGUAGCGCAGAUAUUGGCGACGGUCGAGCUCCUCUUCAAGACGGUCAAAACAAUGCGGCAAAUAUUUUUAACUUAUUUAACUUAAACGGAGAUCCCAGAGAUUAUGCUUGGGGUUCUACAGGAUUUGAUAAUAUUAUUUCGCAAUUGAUGGAACAGCAAGCUGGGCAAGCACCACCACCCGCAACUGAAGAAAUCAUUAACAAUUUACCAAAGACGAAGAUUACAAAAAAGCAACUAACGCUAACGUAUUUUACAGCCGAAGAACAAUUGGGUUGUCCUGUUUGCAAAGAUGAAUUUAUAGUAGAUGAAGAGGUGUUAAUUUUGCCUUGCACCCAUUCUUUUCAUAAGGAUUGCAUAACGCAAUGGUUAAAAGUUAAUGGAACUUGCCCAGAAAACAGUCAACAAAAUGAUCAAAAUCGCAACAAUGGUGCCGGAUCAUCGAGUAACAAUCAAAACAACGGACCAUCUACAUCAGCAUUUCGAUUCACAUCCAGCUCUUCACUUCCUGGAGCAUACCCCGGAAGUCAAUCAAACAAUGGCCAACAAAAUCGACAGCAGGAUCGUGAUAAUCAUGAUUCAAUGGAUUUAGAUUCUGAACCUUUGGAUUAG